CCGUGAUCCUAAGCACCUCCGCUGUUAUCCUACGCACCUCCGCCGGUUUCUGAUCCGUUAAAGAGCUUUCCCUUCACCCUCUCUCUCAACCAAAGAAGACUAAAGAAGCUGUUGGCUACUCGAUUUCAAAUUCAUAAAGGUAUCUGUCUUGAGGGGAAAAAAUCAUGGGGUGCUUUAGCUGCUGCGGAGAAGAUGAUAUGCACAAAGCAGCUGAUAAUGGAGGCCCGUUUAUGGCAAACAACUCAGCAGGCAAUGCUGGUGGUUAUCAUGCCUCUGAUCCUGCUCCUAAAGGUGCUGAGGCUGUAAAAAUCCUGCCUAUUGCUGUCCCUGCCGUUUCAGUAGAUGAACUGAAGGACAUAACUGAUAACUUUGGGCAGAAGGCUUUAAUUGGAGAAGGUUCAUAUGGAAGAGUGUAUCAUGGUGUCCUUAAAAACGGGCAAGCUACAGCCAUAAAAAAGUUAGAUGCCAGCAAGCAACCUGAUCAAGAAUUUCUUGCACAGGUCUCCAUGGUAUCGAGGCUGAAACAUGAACAUGUGGUUGAACUGAUUGGUUAUUGUGUGGAUGGAAGUCUCCGCGUUCUUGCAUAUGAGUUUGCUUCUAUGGGAUCCCUUCAUGAUAUUCUUCACGGGCGAAAAGGAGUCAAAGGAGCACAACCAGGUCCAGUUCUAUCAUGGGCGCAACGAGUAAAAAUUGCUGUAGGAGCAGCAAAAGGACUUGAGUACUUGCACGAAAAGGCACAGCCUCACAUCAUCCAUCGUGAUAUUAAAUCGAGCAAUGUACUGCUAUUUGAUGAUGAUGUUGCUAAGAUAGCUGAUUUUGACUUGUCGAAUCAAGCUCCUGACAUGGCAGCACGACUUCAUUCAACUCGUGUUCUUGGAACCUUUGGUUAUCACGCUCCAGAAUAUGCAAUGACUGGACAGUUGAGUUCAAAGAGUGACGUUUACAGCUUUGGUGUUGUCCUUUUGGAGCUAUUGACUGGCCGUAAACCUGUCGAUCAUACAUUGCCAAGGGGGCAGCAGAGUCUUGUGACAUGGGCCACACCUAGACUUAGUGAAGAUAAGGUAAAGCAAUGUGUUGACACUCGGCUAGGAGGAGAAUACCCUCCCAAGGCAGUUGCGAAGAUGGCUGCAGUUGCUGCAUUGUGUGUGCAAUACGAAGCUGAUUUCCGGCCAAACAUGAGCAUUGUAGUCAAAGCUCUCCAGCCCCUGUUGAAUGCUCGGUCUGGACCUCCUGGUGAGAAUUCAAACUUGUGAAUUCUUCUCCCUCUACUCGGUUUGUUUCUUGCUUCCGAUGGGCCACUGCAUCAAGCUUGUUUGGUAUGCUGGUGUCCGUAGAUUGUAUAUAUUUUCACAUGCUUCAAUAAUUUUGAGAACAAUAACAUUUCCCACUUCUAACGUUGGAGAUAUUAAAGGUUUUUGGCUCCAAUUCAUGUCAAUUUGUUAUUGGUUUUGCCUC